AUGUCCGAGGCGCUGGCCGCGGGCGAGAUCAUGGCCCCGCGCUCGCGCAAGGGCUUCAUGAAGCUCUUCCGCAAGUAUUGCUCCAACAAGAAGAGCCCGAUCGACUGGAAGUCGGUGUCGCCGCCGACCGACACGAUGGUCACCAACAGCGCGACGGUCGAAGUGUGCCCGAACGACGCGAGCCUGAAGCACGAGCUUCUCGACAAGCUCGUCAUCCUGAAGCUCAACGGUGGUCUCGGCACGACCAUGGGCUGCCAAGGCCCCAAGAGCGCUAUCGAAGUGCGCCAAGACCUCUCGUUUUUGGAUCUCACCGUGCGGCAAGUCGAGUACCUCAACAGCCUCUACGGCGUCGACGUGCCGCUCGUGCUCAUGAACUCGUUCAACACGCACGACGAGACGGUCCGCAUCAUCCGCAAGUACCGCAUGCACAACCUGAGCAUCCACACGUUCAACCAGAGCUCGUACCCGUUUGUCGUCAAAGAGUCGGCCGUACCGCUGCCGUCGGCCAAGUACGACAAGGCGACGCAGGAGAAAUGGUACCCACCGGGCCACGGGGAUGUCUACAACGCGCUCUUCGAGUCUGGGUUGCUGGAAAACCUCAUCAACCAGGGCAAGGAGUACAUUUUCAUUUCCAACGUCGACAACCUUGGCGCGACCGUGAACCUCGACAUUUUGUACCACAUGAUCAACGUCGAUUCCGAGUUCAUGAUGGAGGUGACGGACAAGACGCGGGCCGAUGUCCAAGGUGGCACGCUCGUCACGUACAAGGGCAAGCCGCACUUGCUCGAAGUCAACCAAGUGCCCACGGAGCACCUCGAGGAGUUUCGCUCGCUCCACAAAUUUACCAAGUUCAACACCAACAACCUCUGGGUCAAUCUGCGCGCGAUCCAGCGCAUGGUCGCGCAGGACGUCAUCGACAUCAACCCGAUUGUGAGCUACCGCACAGUGCGCAACCACAAGGUCGUGCAGCUCGAGACGGCUGCCGGUGGUGCGAUUCAGUUUUUCAAAAAUUUCAUCGGCAUCCAAGUCCCUCGACUGCGCUUCUUGCCCGUCAAGUCGUCCUCCGACUUGUUCCUUGUUCAGUCCAACUUGUACCAGAUCAAGCACGGCAGUCUGCUCAUGAACCCGAGCCGGGGGCUUCCGACGAUCCCGAUCGUCAAGCUCGGCCGCGAGUUCCAGACGGCGCAGCAGUACGCCGAGCGUCUGGAGCGUGGCAUCCCCAACAUUCUCGAGCUCGACCACCUCACGGUCGCCGGCGAUGUCAAGUUUGGCAGCGAUAUUACGCUGAAGGGCACAGUCAUCUUGGUGGCCAACGAAGGGUGCAAGAUCGACCUCCCCGACGGCACGAUCCUCGAAGACAAGGUCGUGACAGGCAACCUCCGCAUUCUCGACCAUUAA